UCACCUACAUACGCUAUUGUAUAACCGAUUGCCUACGUUCCAGCCUUCCAACCUCACUACCCUUCUGUUGUCGAUCUAUCAAAAUCUGACAUCCGCAAACACCAGUUUGUUGUCAUUAAAAUACAAAAAAAUAGGCUGAUUUGUUAUUAACAAUACCUUUAGCCCUUUAGCUAGUCACAGUGAUUUUAGCCACGGCUAUUCAACGUACUACUUAUGGGGAAGAAUGAAGAGACUCUGAAUUUAUCCAAUACGAGACUGAAGAAGCUGAACAAGUGCACCCCCAGCGAGAGCCAGAUCACCGAACUGAUCCUCGACGACAAUGAACUGCAGAGGUUGGACAAUAUCGAUUCUUUUUUGAAAGUCGAAAAGCUUUCUGCUUGCCGGAAUCAAUUGUUGCGCAUGUAUGGGGUGUGCAGGCUUCACAAUCUUCAUACGCUCAAUCUGAGCAACAACGGCAUUUUAACCAUCGAAGGCUUGAAAGAGCUUACGGGGCUCAAGUGGCUGAACUUGGCAGGGAACAGCAUUAAGAUCAUUGAACACUUGAAUACUAAUAUAAACUUGGAGUGUUUGGACUUGUCUGAGAAUAGCGUUACGCAUAUAAGUGAUCUGGCCUUUCUGAAAAGUCUUAAGCAAUUGUUUUUGCACAAGAAUAAAAUCAACCAUCUGAGCCAAUGCGACCGGUUUUUGCCUCCCAGUCUAACCACUCUUACUUUAGCUAACAAUAACAUUGCCGAUUUGAAUGAGAUCUCCAGGUUGGCCCAUUUGGGCAAUUUAUCCAAAAUAUCCAUAGCUAACAACCCAUGUGUUAAUAUGACCGGUGGGAAUAUAGGCUUCGACUACCGUCCAUUUGUAAUUAAUUGGUGCUUGAACGUUAAUGUGAUCGACGACUACGUGGUGGACGCGAUAGAAAGUUUGAGAGCCGAGUGGCUCUACUCUCAAGGCAGAGGGCGACAUUUUCGCGUCGGUGACCAGAAGGAGCUGGUGCACUAUUUGUCCACUGUAUGCCCUUUGACUGGAGAAACUCUAGAAACAGAGGACGAUCGGAAACUGAGACUCAUUCUCAGCAAGGCGCAGCAUCAUCAGCAACAGCUGCGCGAGCAGUCCUCCAACUCCACUCCUCACGCCUCUCCAUCCACAAGGAAAAGAAUGCAGCAGGGCAAGAACUCAUCUCGUCUUAACUCUUUGCGUGCGGCCAGCAAGCCGAAAUCUCCCGAUCGCAUGGCGAUGAGCUGCUACAACACUCUGAGCGGAAGCGGCGAUAGCGAGACCAACUCUUUUAUGAGCCAGAGCUUCGACGCAGCCAUUCUAAGAAAGUCCAAAGAGAUGUCUGAGUCGUUCAGCAACUCUAUUAUAAACACUGAACCGAUGAUGAACAGUUCCAUGCAUGUGGCCCAGAUGGUGCAGGUGCCCGAAGAUCGAGAAAGUCUUGACUACCGGCCAAGCACUUUGAUCGAGAAACUGGGCAAGCUGCAAAGUGCGCAACUCGUCCACAGUGCCCCGGCCAAGUUGACGCACUCGCCGAAGAGCAACCGCUUGACCACGUCACUGGCUCGAUCUCAAAGCGGUCGCAAUUGCGCCACACCAUCUCCCCACCGCCAAAGAAAAAUGCAGGACUCAAUUAGAAAAGAGCCGAAUAGAAGAGGGUUGACUACGCGCACACGGUCGCCCAGCAGUGAGGACGAGUCGGAAAUGUGCGCUUCAAAAGCGGAUGAACGAAGACUGCAAAGGAACACAGAGAACAGCAACAAUGAAAAAGUACGACAGGCUGCCACUUGCAUUCAGAAAAUGUGGCGCGGAUACUACACGAGGAACAAGGACAAGGAUGUGCAGGAAAUGUUCAAAGUGCUGCAGAAUCAGCGCGCCUAUGCAUAUAUCCAGAAACUGGCUACUGACAUGGAAACCACCAAGGCAGCGCUGGAAAGCGAGAGGAAGAUCCAGAUGUUGCAGACAGAGGCCAUAAGCGCCCUAUGGAAAAAGGUGUCCUGUCUAGCCGGCGCUAAUGGCGAAACAGCUACCAGCGCGUCCAGUAUCAACAUGACGGACUUAAACCAAGAUAACUCGGACGUCGUCAAACAAGUGGCGCAAACUUGCUCGGUCCUCCAAAAUCAGAUUCAGCAGCUUCAGCAUUCUAUGCAGGACAUUUUAAAUGUGAUGGCCGUUUUUAGUCAGAGUGCUGGUCUGAGCCAUCAGCUCAAAGAGAACGGCAUCGCCACUCAGACGGAAAUCGUGGCCGUUCACACUCCACAGUUUCAGCAACAACAUCGGCCCUCCUCUCUGCCCCUGCCAGUCUCUCAGCGGAAAAAGGACAGCGUCGACAACACCAACAAAGAACUUCAACAGUUUGCGGACACUUUAGUAGACGGCGUGAUCAAGACAGUGUCCGAAAGCCAGGACACCUUGGACGUGGCCCCAUUGGAGGACGAUCAACCCUCAGCCGACAACACAUAACAGAGUAGAAGUCCGGGUUGAAGCAACGAGACACUGAUGGACAAUGUUCAGCCAGCUUUUUUAGCUAUUAAGUAAGCGAAGCUACUUAAUAGCUAAAACUACGCUAGAUUUCGCUUCGAAGAAACUUGUACAGUAUUGUGUCGUUUUUACUUUAAUUGUCACGGAAAAGGUAAGUACCAGUAGCGUGAGUCUAUUGCGAAACCAAAGAUAUUAUGGAGCUUUAAGUCGGGCUGCAGCUCGAGUUUUUUUUAUGUUUUUACGCACUCACAUUGAUUAGUUAUUUAAGGUUCGAUCCUGUACGUUUUGCUUGAGGAUAUGACGCAUUAGAAAUCUAUUAAGUA